ACCAGCUUGGGUUCAGACCCAGAGAGGGAGCCGGGAGUGAGGCUCACCAUCCCCUGGUGGGCAGGACUGCCGGGCUGCUGAGCGCUCCCGCCUGUCGGGCGCUCGGAGUCCCCGUGUCUGGAGAGGGUUCAGGACUCCAGACCGCCAGGAGUGCCGGUGGGCUCCAGAGCUUCUGGCUUCCCGGAUCCCGCGCAGCCAGCCCUAGAGACCGCUCAGCCUUGGGACCGCCGCGGAACAAGAUCCAGACUGAGAACCUGUGCAACCGCCAUAAUGGGCAGCAAAACCUUGCCAGCACCUGUGCCCAUUCAUCCGUCCCUGCAGCUCACCAACUACUCGUUCCUUCAGGCAGUGAAUGGUUUACCCACUGUGCCCUCGGACCACCUACCCAACCUGUAUGGCUUUAGUGCGCUGCAUGCUGUACACCUGCACCAGUGGACACUGGGUUACCCCACUAUGCACUUGCCACGCUCGUCUUUCUCCAAAGUGCCAGGGGCUAUGUCCAGUCUGGUAGAUGCACGCUUCCAGCUGCCUGCCUUUCCCUGGUUCCCUCAUGUCAUUCAGCCUAAGCCAGAGAUCACAGCUGGAGGCAGCGGUCCAGUGCUUAAGACCAAGCCACGCUUUGAUUUUGCCAACCUGGCUCUGGCUGCCACACAAGAAGAUCCAUCCAAGCUCGGCAGAGGAGAAGGCCCUGGCUCCCCUGCGGGUGGUCUGGGUGCCCUCCUGGAUGUGACCAAGCUGUCCCCAGAGAAGAAACCCACUAGGGGACGCCUCCCUUCCAAGACCAAGAAGGAGUUUGUCUGCAAAUUCUGUGGCCGACACUUCACCAAGUCCUAUAACCUACUCAUUCAUGAGCGGACGCACACUGAUGAGCGGCCCUACACCUGUGACAUCUGUCACAAAGCCUUCCGGAGGCAAGACCACCUACGGGACCACAGAUAUAUUCACUCCAAAGAGAAGCCUUUCAAGUGUCAAGAGUGCGGGAAAGGAUUCUGCCAGUCCAGGACUCUCGCUGUCCACAAGACGCUACACUCACAGGUGAAGGAGCUCAAAACCUCCAAGAUCAAAUGCUAAACAGCCUUUGGGCAACCAGGAUCCUGGACCACGCCGCCACAUUCUCCAGAGGGACCUGAAGCUAAAGGCGACUGGGCAUGGGCAGCGGGAGGGGCGCUCGGGAUCUUCCCCCAACCCAACAAUGUCCCUUGGGUCCCAAGCGCACGCGGCACUCCAGAGCCCCGCGCGGGGCUUUGACCCCGACCGCCUGGGCGGCUCCCCCAGGACGCGGCUAAACUCUUAGCCAAAUGGCGGUACUCACGUGGCGGAAGGGAAACUGCAU